AUGGACCAUAAGAUCGACACCCUCGCCACCCUCCACAACUGGACCCAAGGCACCCCAUCCCUCUACCCUUUCACGGGCAUCAUUCAACUCUGUCUAGCGGAGGAGAUCUCCGUUGCCACGGCAGUAGAAGAAAUAAGUGCAUUUAUUAACGGAAAGGGAGAAGGAAUAGAUGAAUGCGUCCACGACCUAUGGGCAAGUAUUCUACACACGGGGAGAUGUUUACCCUCCACAAACAUCAUCUCAGCUAAUGCUGAUCCCACCAUCCCCAACGGUAAUGGCAGCAACGCAAAGAAAGAAACCAUCGACACCGACAUCUCAACCCACCAAACACCCACCCCGCCUCAAAAGAAACUAAUCGCCUUGAUGCACGCGAUCAAAAAUAUGCCCGAUGUGCAUGUGCAUAUCCGUACACGUGCGCAGUCAAGGUACUCUUGGUCUUCUUCUUCGCAGAUGUAUUCCGCAAGUAGGGAUAGAUAUUCUUUCUACAGUAAUACCAAUGAAAAUAUUACUGAGAAGAAUGAAAAUGAACCUACAAAUGAAGAGAACAAUAAUGGAAAGGAAGAUGAAGGAGAAUCCACCGAAGAAGAAGAACUCUACCACCCGUCUUUGGGUGUAUAUCUCGAUGGGACGGUGGGUGGAUCGCCUUAUCUUCGCCAUUUACAUGAUUCGGUGUCUACACCCGCUCCUUCUACACCAGCUCCUCCCCUACCUACUCCUGUAUCUUCAGAACCAAAGAAGAACACCAACGAACCCCAUCCCCAACCUCACGAAAAGAAUCGACCCAAACCACCCAAACUCCCCUCCUCAGCAUCUGACACUACCAUCCGGCCUACGAAAACCAAGUCUCUAGUAUGGGCCUAUCUACCGCAAUUCAAAGACGUGGUGGAGUCUAUAUUCCAUGAUUUUGGGAAAACACUCGGUACCGACAUUACUCCUUUCCCACAUAUACAACCUUAUCAUCAACCUCCUCAUCAACCUCCUCAAAAAAUACAUCCAAAGGAUCAACAGGUCCUCUACCAAGCAUGGAUCAACUUCAUCACCUUCCUCGCAUUCCUCGCCAGGGAAGGAGUAUUACGGUCUCCUGACGAUCUCAAUUCAGGGUAUGAGUAUGGGUUCGAUGAGUUUGAUUGGGGAUUCAAUGAUAAUAAUAAUAUUAUUAAUAAUGAUUUUGGGGAUGGAGUCGGGUCAUGGAUCGAUGAUCUGGCGAUUUCUUGUCUUCGGGUACUUAACAACAACAACAACAACAAUCCCCACCAUCAGAAUCAUCACGAUAACAAUAAGGAACAAAUCCAUCUGCAAAGAAAUACCCAAAUCCUCACAGCAACGACCCUCGCCCUCCUCUACGGCGAACAUCUCUGGCGGAGACGGGGCGAUCGAUCCCAUCCCUCACCUCCUACCCAUCAACAACAACAACAAGAGAAAAUACAAGAAAAAGAAAAGAAAGAAGAAGAGAAGGAAAACUACAUCGUAGCAGGUCUGACUCUCGACGAAUUCGAAUCAGGGUCUGUAUCAGCAUCUACAUCCACCUCUGCAGCUAAUUCUCCGCCUUUGGCUCCAUCACCACAGCCACAGAAUACUGAGGAUGUGAGUGAGGAGGGUAGGGGGAGGUUUAUUACGAGGAAGAUGUGGGAAUCGUGGAUUCGGAGGUUCAAUGAACUUGCGGGGGAUUUGGGGAUGGAGAUGGGGUUGUGGGAUGAGACGAGGGAGGGGGCGUGGUUGGCGGGGGAGGAGUUGAGGAGGGUUUGUUCUGUUCAUCAUCAUCAUCAUCAUCAUAGUGGUCAUGGGAAUGAUAAGUAG